AAAAGCUUUAAAUCUGAAUAAUAAACGUCGUAUUAUCCCCUUCUCUCCGGCGAGGGUAAAAGAGAAAGUUAACCCUAUUGAUAACCAAAAACACUCGGAAGAUGACGGAACCGGUCACCACCGGCCAAACAGACGAUCAAGAAGUAGGAACGCCGGAUAACAUGGAGGAGAGGAAUCCAUCCCCGAAAGCUGUUAGCCGUAAGGAGAAGCGGAAGGCGUUGAAGAAAGACAAGAGGAAGCAAAUAAGGAAGGAGCUAGCGGAGAAAGCUCGCACCGAGGAGGAAGCUCGGCUCAAUGAUCCCGAAGUGAAACGAAAGAUUGAACUGGAAGAAGAGAGGGAGAAAGAGAGAUUAGAGAAGGAAAGAAAGGAGUUUGAGGAGAGAGAGCGGAUUUUUCUCGAAGAGUUACAAAAGAAGAAGGAAGAGGAAGAAGAAGAAGAGCGAAGGAAUGCUGUUGAAAGUGAAUCAAAGCCAAAACAGGAAGGAACAGAGGAAGUCUCAAAUGAAGAUGAUGAUGAAUGGGAAUACAUAGAGGAAGGGCCUCCUGAAAUCAUAUGGCAAGGAAACGAAAUAAUAGUGAAGAAGAACAAAGUCAAGGUGAAAAAGAAAGAGGCCAAUCAAUCUAUCCAAAAAGAGGAUCCUGAUAGACCUACAUCAAAUCCACUUCCUCCACAAUCUGAAGCUUAUGCUGCUUUCAAGAAUGCACCCAUGACUCCAACAGAGUUGCUGGACACUGUUGCCCAGCAAGUUCCAAACUUUGGAACAGAGCAGGAUAAAGCUCAUUGUCCAUUUCAUAUUAAAACUGGAGCAUGUAGGUUUGGUAUGCGUUGCAAUAGGGUUCAUUAUUACCCUGAUAAAUCAACCACAUUGCUUAUCAAGAACAUGUACAAUGGACCUGGGCUUGCUUGGGAACAAGAUGAGGGACUUGAGUAUACAGAGGAAGAGGUUGGGCGCAGUUAUGAAGAGUUUUAUGAGGAUGUACAUACAGAGUUUUUGAAGUUUGGGGAAAUAAUAAAUUUUAAGGUGUGUAGAAAUGGUUCUUUUCAUUUGAGAGGAAAUGUAUACAUCCAAUAUAAGUCGUUGGAUUCAGCUGUGAUGGCUUACAAUUCUGUACAUGGUCGUUAUUUUGCAAGCAAACAGGUUAAAUGUGAGUUUGUUAGCCUAACAAGAUGGAAGGUUGCUAUAUGUGGGGAGUACAUGAAAUCAAGGCUUAAGACAUGUUCUCGAGGGUCUGCUUGUAAUUUUUUACAUUGUUUCACGAACCCUGGUGGAGACUAUGAAUGGGCUGAUUGUGAUAAACCACCUCCAAGAUUUUGGGUCACAAAGAUGGUUGCUUUAUUUGGUUAUUCAGAAGACGACACCUGGCACCAACCAACUCCCAGGGACCAACAUCGCAUAUUUACAUCAGAUAGAGUCAGUUAUCGCGAAAAAAGGCAUCGGUCUAUUGAAAAAAAUCAACACAAUGGAAAUUCAAGUAGAAAACACCAUGAUGAAAACCACGUUCGAAAGAGCAGAAAACAUGAACGCGAUAAAAAUUAUGAACACGAAAAUUCCGAUUCUGAUGGAGAUCGGUUGAGGAGACAUCAUGAAGGUUCACAAACUCACUCAAGGCAUAGUAGGAGCAAAGAGAGUAAUUAUCGUAAAAGCAAGAGAAGAACUCAUGGUAGUAGUAGUAGUAGUAGUAGUUGCGAUGAAGACUUUUACACCAAAAAACGACAUUUAAACACGAAAAGUAGGUCACGACGUGCGAAAAAUGUCUCGGAAUCAUCUAACGAUGAAGAAUCAGAUGAUGCCGAGUUAAAAAGACGUAAAGAACGGAAAACCAAUUGUCAGAGGUCGAGAAGGCGUGGUCGUGAUGGUGGCUCCUGUGAGAUUGACGGAGAAUCCGGCAAGGUGGAGCGGCGGCGGAAUGGGAGGAGUAGGUCACGUGAGGGUGGUGGUGGGUGUCUCUCAGAGAAAAUUGAGAUGGGUGACCGUUGGGAGCCCGAAGGUUCUCCCGAUGAAUUGAAAAAUUCGGAAGGUGAUGGUAAAAGUAGUCAUGGAGAGAACCGGAGAAGUCUUGAUUGUGAUGAUAAGAUGAGGGAUAAGAGGAAGAGAAUUUGAGAAGCGUCUAAGAAAUGAGAGGAUAUAACAGACUGAGAUUGUGUUUGACAUAUGUAUUGGGUUUGAGACUGAUGUCGAUGGAACAAAAUGGGGAUUGCCUUUAACCUUGAAACUAGCAUAAAGUGUUUGCCUUAGAGAACUUGCUUUAUAUGUAUUAGCACAGAAAAGGAAUACACGGCUUGAAACGUUUACUUC